AUGCGCACGAACGGCUGUUGGGACGCUGCUCCGAGGUCUCCCAGCUUUGAGCAAUCCCGGGGGCAUCCGGCCUCCUGCGGCCUCGCGGAGCGCGAACCUUUAUCUUUGCAGUGCCCAGAAAUGAAAAGGAAGGUGGUGAGUGCCGGCAGGCUGAAGCUGAGUCCGAAUGAGGAAGCCUUCAUUCUAAAGGAAGAUUAUGAAAGACGACGAAAAUUGAGGCUGCUGCAGGUUCGAGAACAAGAAAGGAGCAUCGCUUUCCAGAUAAGAGAAGAUAUAAAGCGGAGGAGAAACCAGCAGUUAGUUCAUUUGGCAGAAGAGCUGAAGACAGAAUGGGAAGAGUCGCAGACUCAGAAAAUAAAGAAGCUGGAAAAGCUGUAUUUGGCGAGCCUAAGGACGAUGGGAGAGGGACAUCAGCAAGCCAAGGAAAAUGAACCUGACUUGGAUGCUCUGGAACAGCAAGCAGUAGAAAGGAAAAGGAAAGCGGAGAUCAGGCAUAAAGAGGCCCUGAAAGUGCAGAAAAGUCAAAAAGAGCAGUUGAAGAAACAGCAGACCAGGCACCUGCAGGCCCGCCAGGACGCACUGCUCGUGGAGAAGGAGAGAUCAGCCAGAAUGACACGCCUGCCACCACCGCCACCUUCUCUGUUCGAGAACAUCGAUGUCAGUAGGAUUUCUUCGGUGAAACCCAGCCGUGCCUCCUACCAUCAUCUCUGCAGCCUGGUGAGCCGGGAAGCUGACACAGAGCAGCCAGACCCUCAUCUGGCUGCCGAAGAAGAAGUGGAACGAUUGGCUGAAGCCCAGAAGAAGUUGUCCCAGACGCAAGCCGAGCACAGCGAGAAGGCCCACAAACGUGGCUGCCAAGCGCUGAGGAAGAUCCACUUGGCUCAGAACCAAGAGAAGCUGCUGCAAGAGCUCCAGCGGCUGCAGCAGGAGGACCUGGCACGCAAGAGGCAGCUGGUAGCCCAGAUGCCAACCCAGCUGGCUGAACUGCCUUACCGGCGCACCGAGGCACAGGAGGACCGGCAGCGAGAGCUGGAGUUCGCCUUCGAAGACUUAUACAACGCUGACCACAAGGCGAAAGGAAACCUGGUAUUGCACCUGGAGCCGGAGCCUCUGCCCACUGCGGCCAACCAGGUCCGAGACGAAGAGCUGGACCUUUCCAUGGAGCAGGAGAUGCCGAUACCCGAGGAAGCUUCAGGCCCUUCAGCGGUGGACGAGGAGCCCACGAGUUCCAGCGACACUGAUGCAGUGAAGAGCCACCCAGUGCCUUCGAAGGUGCUUUUCAAGAAGCUGCUGAAUAAGAUCCGAACUCAGAAGUCCCUGUGGACGCUUCAGCCUGGGUCUGAGGAGGAGAGCGGCCUGCCCACGAGUGCCAGGGACAGCAGCAGCCGGGAUCCCAUGGCUGGAACAGAGACGUCCGCAGCCACCCAGAGUGAGGUCCCAACGAGUGACUCGGAGCCCCCAGUUGUGGAGUUCAGCCUGCCUUCCCGUGAGCCUGAGACCGGGCCUGCAGUGGGGGUAGAGCAACAGGAGACGCUGCCUAGCCCUGCUGUGGAUGCCAGCAUGGACUCAGUGCUGCUUCACCCGCAGGAGGCGGCCGCCCGGAUCCGCAUGGCUGCACGGCAGAAGAAGAUCCUGGAAAUCGAAGAGCAGAAACAAAGGCAGCUGGAACUGCUGGAGCAAAUCGCGCUGCAAAAGCUCAGACUGGAGCAUGAAGGCCUGAGAGCCCAGCGGGAGGGCUCCUCAUCCUCCUCGUCGCCGUUGGGACCCGGGGCUGCUGAGGAUGACCACCGGCAGAAGAUCCGCUCCUACCAACAUCAUCUGCUGCGGCAGAACAGGCUCCACCAGCAGUCAGUGCAGAUGGCCAGGAAGCGGCUGCUGGACUUCCAGAGCGUGCUGAGAGGAAAGCAUGCGUCCACAGCUAGCGCAUCACUGAGCUCCAGUUGCCACACGCUACCAUCCCUGGUACCUGGCACCCCAUUCCCCCUGCCCAGGUCUAGGAGCACAGGCCAGAGCACCAGUGACUCUGUCCCAACCCGUGGCCUGGAGCCAGGUCCCUUGGCUGCACCCAGCCAGGCUCACUUAGUGCUGAGCAGGGCAGAGCCCAGCCUGGGGCUUCCUGGGGCCCUGGCCCACCCCACACUGCCCGCAACAUGCAGUGCCAGUGAGGACAGGUCUUCUGGGCUAACGCUGGCAUCCUCCAUGCCCACGUGCCACUCGCUGCCUACCACCUUGGUCGGUACAAGCCUGGCCAAGUCCUUGCCUUCAGACACUCUGGCCGUCCAGUGGGACCAUCUGAAGCUGUUGCAAGAGCAGUUGGACCAGCGGAGGGCACAGCUGAAUAGGCAGACAGGCAGUGGAGGGCAGCCAGGGGACCUCCUUCUCCUGCCACAGGCCCCCCUUCCUCCUGCUGCGGCCCCACCCUCUGCCCUCCACAGUGGCCUCUCUGGGGGCCCCCAAUCUCAGGAGACAGAGCAUGGGAGGAAGGCCCCAGAGGUGCCUCCCAUGGACACUUCACAUGUGGAGCUCCGCCAGGAACCCAGCUCAUCUCUUCCUCCUCCACCUUCUUUUCCUCUUCCUCCUCCACCUCCUCCUUUUCAUUCUUCUCUUCUUCCACCUCCACUUCCUCCUCCAGCCCCUCCACAGCCUGGGGCCAGCCCUCUGAGCAUCCAGCAUCAGUUUCAGCCCCUGCACAAGUGCCUCAAGCUACUCCAGGCCCAGCUGGAGAGGCAGCAGAUCGCCCUGCAGACCCGACACCGUGCCCAGGCCCAGCUCCUCGCUCAGAGACCCUGGGACCCUGGGCACAUUGGUGCCCGACUCCCGUCCAGCCUACCCAUCCCUACUGAGGAGCUGCAUCUCCCUUCUGGCCCCCUGGAUGAGUUUCUCCGUUUGCCAGAGGAGAUACACCUGACGCAUCGCCAACAGUUGCCCGUGCUGGAGGGGGUCUCGGAGACCAAACCAGAAACCCAGGAACCUGCGCGUGAGCCCAGCCUAGCCCCAGUCCAGGCAGCAGCAUCUGAAGAGCCCCUGGAGCAUGUGUCAGCCCCUUUCAGCCACACCACGUCGCCCCCAGGACUGGAAGAGCUUGAGAAGCGAUCCCAGAAUGAGGUCCUUGCACAGAGCAGUGUGAAGGGCGAUCCCAAGAGGCCAGACACAAGCGACAUCCUCCUCCGGGACCAUGAAGUUCUGCCCUCUGCACCCGCCGGGGCCUCAUCUGUGCCUACAGACCUACCCUCUCAGGCCACAGAUUUCCGAGACCCUCGGGAGUUGCCUCCUGUCCCACUGGACCCUGGCCCCAACCCCAGGCGGGUCUCCGAGCUGCAGGACCGGCUCCAGGCACUGUCAUGGCUCCUGCAGCCUCAGCAGGGCCAGCUCCGAGCCCUCCAGGAACGGCUGGCGGCCCAGAGGGAAGACCUGACCGGGACCAUGGGAACAGAACCGGAGGAUGGGGCUGUGUCCAGUGCAUCACUGUCAUCAGAAUCUCUGUCCCUCAGCCUCAGUGGUCUGGCGACUCUGCAGGAGCAGCUGGGUAGGCAGAGCAAGGCCGUUGGUGCUCAGCAGGCAGAUCAGCAAGGCCUGCAGACAGAGCAGGUGCUAAGAGCAGUGGGGGCUGAGUGUACCCCUGACUCUGGCCCCCUGAGUGGGUCUGAGCUUAUGGCACUGCAGGAGACCAGCGAGCCCGUCCUGGCCACUUCUGUGCCUUCCCCAUUCCUCCCUCCAGUCUUGGCUGGAGUCAGGCUUAUGGACCCCUACGACUCAGGCCUAUUCAGCAGCGAGCAUACAGGUCAACUCUGGGGGCUGCAGAGAGAAGCCCCAGGACAAGGGCAGAGGCCUUCAGCAGCCCCGCAGGAUCCACCCAGCACCCAGAUGUGCACGCCCCUGCAGUGGGCUGGGGUGCUCUCCAACCCAUCGUCGUUCUCUGCUCCCACCAUGGGGCCCUUCCCAGGCCUGUGCCAAGCCCCACAGCUGGCCCAGCCGCCCCCGGUGCCCCCGCCCAGGACCCUGCAUCGAACACUCCCCAAACCGCCCCUGUCCCGAGUGCAGGGUGGGCUGGAGCUGCAGCAGCACGAGCUCAGCGCCAUCCAGGAGGCCGAGUCCUCCAUGCUGCCAGCUAACCUGGAUUCUGACCAGGACAGAGACCCCCUGAGAGUGUCCAUUAGCCGAGAACACAGCGUCCUGGGCGGUGCCCAAGCCGAGCCUCCGUCUCUACUACUACUGCCGCCAGCCUUCGAGGCUGCUGAGGCAGGGAAAGGAGCAGAAGCCCAGCGGCCCGGUGCGGUUCCCAGCUGUAUCGUGGGGGAUGCCGUGGAGUUACAGGAGACUGAAGCUCAGGAGACACAUCACGGGCCACUGUCAGUCUCUAUUUCUACUGGGAGCUUCUUCAGUUCCGAAGACACAGACUUGAGCCUUACAGAUUCAGAGCCUUUUCCCCAGCUUGUGGACUCUGGGCCGCUGAACGAGGCAUUAGAGCAUGUUUUCCGCCCGAGACCUGACCUGCUGGAUGUGGCCACACUCCUGCCACAGAGAGCACAUGCACACGGGGACACCAGACACUCAGCGGCGGCUGAGACGCCGGCCAUGCUGGGUAACGUGGCCCUGUGCAUCUCAGCAGUGUCCCGGGAAGUGGUUGCUGCUGCCCAUGCAGCUGGAAACAUCUUACUUCUCUUUUCCCUCAAAAUCCCAGAAGUUGACUUCGCAGACUUGGAGCUGACUUUCCCAAACCUCCACCAGCAGUUCUUCGCUCCCCUAGAGCCACACCCAGAUUUUGACGUGUCACUGUCCUGUGGGAUGUUCCGAGACAGCCCGGAGCUGUCCCAGGACUCGGAGUGUUCCCCUGCCAGCUGUUCCAGCCUGCCUUUGUCCACCAGCUCGGACUCCCAGACGGCACUGAGGCUCCACCCUCCACACCUCCCCACAGCUCCACACUUGGCUGCCGACCACUGUGAGGGUGUGUAUGAUGCAGAGAAGGGGCCCCGGAGGCUGGGUGACGCCUUAGCUCCUGCUGUGCCCUGCUGCCCUCUGCAGCGUGCCCAGUUGUUUGGAAGCUUUUCUUUAAAUCUCCUUCCAGAACAGUCCUCACUGGAAAGGCAGCAGCACGCAGACCUGCCCAGUGUUCUCAGCAUUGAGGCAGGAUUCAACUCCCAACUCCUGGGCAUUCUGAAACACGGCUCUGAAGAGUUGGAAGCACCACAGAGUAUUCACGGUCAGCACCCCACAGGAACCCUGCCGAGUCUGGCCUUGCUGGGCGGAUUCCAUCAGCUCCUGUCCCCACUGGGUGAGGACCACACAGGAACCCAGCUGUCGGGAGAAUCGGUCGACCACCUUGGGGCCCACACAGGAACCUCGGGAGAACUGGGUGACCACCUCGGAGGAGGCAAAAGCCAGCUCUGUGAAGCCUGGGAGCUGCUUAAAAGAGCCGAGGCCUCGACGCCACCCACUUUGAGCCACAUCAGCUCUGCUGAGGGUCCAGGGCAGCUGGCAGGGCCAGAGGUCUCAGUGAGCUCUGGCUCCUUGUGCUUCCAGAGCCACAUUCCAGUCUGGGAGACAGACUCUGGCCAAGGCAUAAUGGAAGAGCCUGAGCUCACCCUGGUGAGCAUCAGUGACACCAGCAUCAGCGAAAAAGACUUUGGGGCCUUAAAGCUUGAAGAGGAUGAAAUUGAGGCCCAAAGCAUUCGGGACACUCACCUAGGGGCAGGACACAGGCACCACAGAGCAGAGCGUUCAGCUACUUCCCCACAGCUCCCAGUUUUGCCAGGGAGCUUGCAGGAAGCGUUCCUGACCAGAAACAAGGCGUUCAUAGAGAGGUCUGCCCAGCGCCAGAAGGAACUGCGACUGCGGAGUAAAACUCGGUCCUGGGAGAACUCAAAGAGCAAAGCUCUCAAGCCAGCGCCCAGGCCGCAUAUCAUUCAUGUCACAGGUCCCAUUGUCACCACAGCAACACGCCUACUGUGA